GUAAUUUUGUCAGGCGUCUUGCAACAUGGAUACAAACACGCAUGCGCGCAGAAUUACUAAGCAAAAUGGCAGCAAACAUGAAUGUCUCGGGAUGCACUGAUGUACCACAUAACAAGAAGAAUUAUGGAGUCCCGGAUCUUAUGGCUGAAGGACCAACUGGAGUCAAAUCUGGCAUAGUUGCAUCUCACCCUCUUGAAAAAUCAGAGAAAAAUUUCUGGAAGAAUCAGCAGGAACAGGAGUUUGCCAAUUUGAGGAAGCUGCAGGGAUUGCACGCACCUCUCCGACUCAUGAUGGAACGAAGUAUAGUUACGCAGGAUGAGAAUCCUGGUAUAUUGCCACAGUCUAACGCCUUAGCUGAUGCUCUUUCAGGAAGAGAUAACGUCAUUGGAUAUGAAGAUAUCCUCAAUGUACCUGAAAACAGCGAGAUGAUGGGUAACCCUCAUGCGAUGUAUGAACGAAAGAUGGGUAUCCUUUGAUGAACAGUGUAUCAACACAAGAUGUCUCACUUGUGAUGCAAUGGUAGAAGGCCCUGGCUGCCAGGCAGUGUUGUAUUUAAUGUUUAUUUGUAAAUGACAUGUAAAAAACAUGUAGACUGUAACAAUAAUGAGAAGAUAUUUGCUCAUCUUUAUGAUUUCCAAAAUCAAUGAGAUAGGCAAAUCUAGAAAGCUUAGAGAUAAUUAAUUAGCAAUGUUUCAUACUAUAAAUCAGAUAUCAGAUUCAUAUGGCUACACUAUAUUACAUGAUGAUUUUUUUUUUGUGCUCACAAUCUUUGCUGUAGAUAAAGCAUAUUUGUAUGCAUUUAGUUUAAUGCUUGUGAUGUGUUACAUAAUGUUAAUUAUACAAUAUCAUUGUAAUAAAAAAGCUCUUUUUGGUAGAUUUCAGAGAACUAGAAACAAGAAAUGUAUGACUGGAAGAUUCUUUUAUGUUUUAUAUUUAUCAGUUUUAUCCAAUUCAUGUGUCAUGAAAUAUGAAAAAAAGAAAACAUAAUACACAUUAAACAAUAUCAAGUAAAUAUUGGACCUGAAAAUUAUGCUACUGACAAGAUGUGAUAAGGUGAAAAAUUCUUAAUUCACUGUGGGACACAAGUUAUAAAUCAUAACUGAUUUAGGCUCUAGAUAGAUUACUCUUACUAUUAGAUAAUGAUAAAUUAGUGAAUAAUUUUGAAGUUGUCUAAGAAUUGAGUUCGGUACUUGUUUGCAGAUUUCAUCAUGAUUCUAUUUUGGCUACUCAUUUAUUUUCUAGACAAUACUAAUAGCAUUGUUGGUAAAGAUUUUAAAUUUUCAAUACCUUGUCAUAAAGAUGAUUGUGAUACUGUACGUCACUAAUCUUUUUGAUGAACUUGUGUUCAGUGAAGAUCUAUAUUAUCCAGUAUAAAACUUGUUUCAAUGUAUUAAAUUACUACUUAUAUUUCAGAAAAGAUUCCAUUGGUUGCAAGGACUAUUUUUAUCCAACUAUUAUAUCAUUUCUUUAAUUUCAGUGGUUGCUUUUUAUGGUAUUAUAUUGCCACGUAUUCAUCAAGUUUUGUCCAACUGACUAAAUUUCAUCCACAGAGGGGGUACUUCUACUUUGUAACUCAAGUUGGAAUGUUCUAUUUAUUCAUGAUCUCAAUAAUUGUUACUGGAUGAGAACUUGAGAAGUUAAAUACCUUUGGGCAAUCAGUGAAUUCCAUGCAUGUUACUGAUGUUACUGAUUUCUUUUUUUUUUCACUUUACACAUUGUAAAUAAAAUAACCAACCAAUAAAAAGAUGUAAAAUAUGA